AUGGACCUGCCGUCCUUUAGGGAAGAGCUCAUUGGAGACAUCAGCAGAAGUCACAAGGAACCUGGGUCCUCUGCGCUUCAGUCAAGUGUUCUUAUGAGAUGUGUGAAGUUCCUUUCGCUGGAUUUCAUGGCCAAUGAGCUUGACCUUUUUGCGAAGCAGGAGUAUCAGCCCAUUGCAGGGCAUGCGUUAAUCAUGUUCUCCUUUCCAGGUAAAACAAAUACCACUGUGGAAGAAAGACUUGCACGGAGUGUCUCCUCAAGCAUAGACAACGCUCGAUGCUUUUACAAAUGCUUGUCGGAGUUGAAACACCGCUUCGUGGUGUUGCGUCAUAUACCUGUUGCGCAAGUCAACCAAUUUAUAGAAAUCGUCAACAGGUGGGUCGCGUCUCGUCUUCAAGUCAAGAUUAAAGAAGGACUUGAUGGUGUACUGGCAUACGAGUGUUUACAAAAUCCUACUCUUUUGCGGAACAACAAGGUUACACUCGACGUGGUCGUGAAGUAUUAUGUUGCCACUGUUACAUCUGAUCCAACGGAGAUAGUUCCUGCUGCCAUAAUGUUGGCGAUGGAUGAUGAUAAGGAAAAGUUGAGUGUAGGGUUCCGUCUCAUACACAACGCUUCUAACAAGAGUUUGGAUCCACAGACCAUCGAUGAGUUCCACUUUCAACUAUAUCGCGUUCAAGACGCAAAGUAUUUCACGCCGGCAUUAGCUAAGCGAUUCUGGUCAUUGUGCGCUUACUUGUUCCGUGCUCUUGAUACAGAUCAGCUCAGGUCAUUAAUUUGCCCUCGUGAUCUUGAGGAACAAAGUCAAUAUACACAGAUCAGACUCUUCCCAUUGAUCCGUGUGCUUUUGAAUAAUAUUCUAGCGCAAAUGGAUGUCACAUUCAUUGACCUUUUGAAGGUUCUUGAUAUUCUUUUAUUGUCGCUCAAACAAGAUUUUUGGGCCAUUUCGGAGGGGACGCACUAUCGAAAUUUCACUGAUGCCAUUCUCCAAAGUCAGCUAUAUUCUCGUCUUCUACAGCAGGCUAUUACAGAAGGUGAGCCUUCCAAGUUGCUGGAGUUGACUUCCUGGUUUCACGCCCUUCAUCAGUCCUUGAACUCGUCCCAGAAGCAAGCAGCUGCAUUGACCCUCAGCGAUUUUUGUUUGCUGCAUAAAAUACCCAACACAAGUGCUACUAAUCUCUUGUCGUCUACAUUUAAUGUAGAUUUAUUGGCGAAAUGUCGCGAUGACCCGCUGUUUUACUUGAGAUUGAGCGAUGCUCGAAAGGUAGUGUCCAAGUAUGCUGGUACAUUUAUCAGUGCUGCAAAGAACGCAUCGGGACCGAAUUCAAUGGAAAUCAAUCUUAUCAGAGCAUCGUUAACUUAUGAUGUCAUGUUCACAGCCUACAACUCGUCUCAGCUUUCGAAGAAUCAGAUUCCUACUCUUUUAGAUAUCAACUCCUCGCUUUGGGAGGCUGUUCUACAGAUACCGUUUAGGCUGACCUUCUUGGUCAACGCUUUAAUACAGUCCUUGAGUGAUGUCAAUUCUAUCAUCGUAUUCAAGCCGAAGAAGAAUGAAUCACCAAAUAAAGAUAAAGACUUGGAAGCAGCUAUUAGCAUGCACAACAAAGAUGCUCGAAAGAUCUGUACAAACGUUUCUGCAUUGUUGGAGAAAUUGGCUCUUACCGAUCCUGAUACAAUGAGGGAGAGCUUAACAAAUGCUUCUACUGCAAUGGCGAUAUGGAGUUGCAUUUUUUCACCUGAAACUAAUCAGUCAUCCUUGAACAUAUUAUAUCAAGUUUUUAAUGCGGAAGGUCGUUUUGAGGCGAUAUGUGGUCUUUUGAGUCAAUCCCUCAAGGAUAAUUUGGCUGCAAUCGUUGCUUCUUUCGAAACUAUCACAAAAUUGAGGGUAUUCGAGCCAUGCCCAAAAGCUGUCAGAAUCCUUAUGGAUGUUACAAAUGCUCUCACAGACCCGCUUACGGGUAUCCUAACCACUAGUCCAGAGUUUGCUACCGACAGUACUCAGAUUGUUCAACAGCUUUGGACUAGCAGCUGGCUGUUAUUAGUCAUGAUCUAUCAACUCACACUCAUUUGGGCUUCAAUGUAUCACUUAACUGACUUGAUUGAGUUUACGCGAGAUGUUCUUGACGUGAGCCAUUCUCUUCUAGACUCCUUCAGGCCUCUCCUUGACUUUUUCGAUGACCCUAGAGUGAGAGAAACUUUGUUUGGUAAGUUUUUGAAAGCAUUUAACUACGUCAUUGUGUGGCUUCGACUUGGUGAUAUGUCCCUUCUUAAUUCGUGUGUAAAUUUGGUUUUCAAAGGCUUCGAUCUUGCAAAAGAAAUGGGUGUUGAUGUUGACAAAGAAUUUCUCGCUACAUUCGUUAAAUAUGGUGCAAGGGCCAAAAAGUUCAAUAACAAGCUAACGGAGAAACAGAGAGAAGAUGUUCUAGCAAAAGCAAGUGAGUUCGACAAAGAAUUAGUGCGCUCCGUUGUUGAAGAAGCUCGUCGUCAACGUGCAGCUUCGAAAGAGAUUCCAUCGCAGCCUUCUCAUGUUGAUAAGGUAGCUGAUAAAGGAGCGACGUAUGCUUACCAAUCAGGGAAACCAAAGCAGAGUAAGCAGCUGUUACUUACCAGAUUUGGUGUCGUUUCCAAAGAGCCGCCUGUUGCUCCUGCUCCUCCGAAGCCAUUCAAGUCCAAUAAUUUGGAAGCUAUCCGAAACGAGCUUAAGAACAACCGUACCCCUCAGAAGCCAGCAGCAGCCCCUGCUCCUCCUAGACCAGCAGGAUUCAAUAGUAAAAGAGCCCCUGUCGUGGGACGGUCUCUCAAUACUCUCCGUCAAACGGGUCGCGAUUCGGAUUCUUCAGAAGAUGAGGAUGAAGAUAUCGAUACUUCAGAUCUAUUCCUAGACUCCAAGAAGAAGGCGAAAAUCACCGAGUUGGAUAUCAAUGGCAACCCGGUCGCCAAGGUGGCUCAGAGAAAGAAGGCCGAGCAGGAUCGCCGUGACGAAGAGAGAAUGAGAAUGCGUCUCAACGUUAACCUUAAGCCACUCUACUCAACCAUAUUACGUUGGAACUACAAUUCGGAUAGUGCCUAUCCGACCGAAGAUCGUGAUAUUUACCAGCCCAUCAAGGAUACUUACUCUGACGUCAAGGAGUACGUAAGGCUCACAGAACCCUUGUUGAUGCUUGAAUGUUGGCAAGGUAUACAGUCAUCAAGGACAACCGGUCAGGAAGUGCCUGUGCAACUUCUUGUUGGUAGUCGUACAACAUGCGAUGGAUUUUUUGAUGUGUAUGCUUCUAUCAAGAAAGCUGACUUAGCAACAAGAAAAAUUGGUGAGACCGAUCUUAUGGUCCUUGGUUACGUUGCGGACAAACAUAUUGAAGCUGCUUCAGAAGUCGCGUCCUACUUGAAGAAGCCAGGUACUCAAACUUGCUUAGCAAAAGUCAGAAGUAUCAAACAUGCGAACUCCGACUACUGUGAUAUAACUCUCCGCGUUUAUCCUCAAGGUUCGAUGAUGGGCCUUCUAACGCCUAAAACGGUGAUAGUGGGUAUGAAGGUAAUGCAAAUGAUAACGGUGGAAAGAGAGUACUCAUCUCUCAAGGGCUUGCCAUACUAUGAUCUCUGUGAUGAUAUUUUGUCCGCUACACCCGCUGAACCAGUGAACAUCUCAGAUGAAGAAGCUAGAUCCAUGAGUAGAGGCUAUGAUGUGAACAUUUCGCAAGCGAAAGCUAUUUUGGCAUCCGCGAGAACAGAGGGAUUCUCUCUUAUCCAAGGUCCUCCUGGUACUGGUAAGACGAAGACAAUCUUGGGAAUUGUUGGCCAUUUCUUGACGACUGCACAGCUGGAAAACACCAUCAGAAUUCCAACUCCGUCCAAUUCAUCACGAAGCGCCACUCCUGAAGAUACCGCAAAGGGUCCCAAAGUGUUGAUCUGUGCUCCUAGUAAUGCCGCUGUUGAUGAACUUGUUCUUCGUGUAAGAGACGGUGUAGUCAAUGCAAAAGGUGAACCUAUAAACCCAAAAAUUGUUCGUCUCGGAAGAAGUGAUGCAAUCAAUCAAGCCGUGAGAGACUUGAGUUUGGAAGAACAAAUUGACAGACAGUUAAAUGUGAAGGCUAAUGAGGCUCAAAUCGACCCCAACAUAAGAAAUGAGCACACGAAAUGCAUUGCAGAGAGAGAUAGAAUACGUGAGGAGCUUAAACGAGGGGAUUUAAGAGAUGAGCAGGUUGUAGAGCUAGAGACGAAACUUCGAGAUAUUAACAAGAAGAGAUCCGAGCUUGGUAAGCGGCUUGAUGACCAAAGAGAGAAUGCGUCUAUUGCAUAUCGUACUCGAGAAAUCGAGAGAAGGCAACUACAAGCAAAGAUUCUCUCUGAGGCACGAAUUAUUUGCUCCACCUUAUCUGGUUCUGCUCAUGAAUUUUUAGCAAGCAUGUCGAUGACCUUCGACCAGGUUAUUAUUGAUGAAGCUUGUCAGUGUGUUGAGCUUUCAGCAAUCAUCCCAUUGAGAUAUGGAUGUAAGAAAUGCAUAAUGGUUGGUGAUCCCAAUCAGCUUCCACCAACAGUGCUCUCGCAGAAAGCAGCGUCAUUCAAGUAUGAAGAGAGUUUGUUCGUACGGAUGCAAAGACGCAAGCCAAAUUCUGUGUAUCUAUUAGACGUGCAAUAUCGUAUGCAUCCACAGAUCUCCAGAUUUCCUAGCUUGCAGUUUUACAACUCAAGACUCAAAGAUGGAAAUGGAAUGUAUGAGAAAAAUGAUCGACCUUGGCAUAGAGAGUUCCCAUACUCACCAUAUCGCUUUUUUGAUAUUUUGAGUAAACAUCAGCAAAGUGACAAAACUAAAUCGUUUUUCAACUAUUCUGAAGCUCAAGUAGCUUUAGAAUUGGUGCAAAAGUUGAUGGAUAUACUACCAACUAAUCAUUUUAAGGGAAGAAUUGGUAUAAUUUCUCCCUAUAAGGAACAAAUCCGCACACUCAAAGAUGUGUUCCAAAGAAAGUAUGGUAGGACUAUUCUUGAUGAAAUUGACUUCAACACUGUUGAUGGUUUCCAGGGUCAGGAAAAGGAGAUCAUUAUAAUGUCAUGUGUAAGAGCAAGUGAAAGUGGAAGCGUCGGGUUUUUAAGUGAUAUAAGACGUAUGAAUGUCGCCUUGACUCGUGCAAGAACUACACUCUGGAUUCUUGGAAAUAAAAAGUCGUUGAAGAGAGACAACGUAUGGUCAAAGUUGAUUCAAGAUGCUGAAGAUCGGAAUUGUGUCACUUCUGCGGAGCCUGGAUUUUUAAAGAUGAUAUCUUCGAAGCCGACAACGAACACCUUUAAAAACCUGUCUCAGGUACCUCCUAUAGGUGAGAGCACAAAGGAGCAGAUCGACAACUGCAGGCCAUCAGUGAAAAGACCUUCCGAAAACGACAGAUCUUCUUCUGCUUCUGACUCUUCUGAGCCUCCACGCAAAAAGGCACUGCUGUUGUUUAAUUCCUCCGAAGAAUCCUCCAAUAAUUUAUUGCCUCAGGUGAAGACUAAGAUGAAGAUUCCAAAAAGCGGUGUUUAUGUACAUCCUGGGACUAAGGUCCUGAGCCCUUUUCCUGUUGAAAAACCUGCCUCAAACUCUCCUUCUUCAUCCGAGCCGACUCCUUCUGAUGAGAAAUCCAAAGUUGCAGAUAUUUCUGCCUCUGCGAAGGCACCAUCCCCUCCAAAGGCAGUCAAGAGUGGUGUCUACGCUCCACCGGACCCCAAAGCCCGCAAAAAAUCGACUAGUAUAUUUAUUAAAAGGAAGGGCAAUUCCCGCCAGGCGCGUCCGUCUGGGCCACCAUAUUAG